GCAGGAUGGAUGAGCUAAAUGAUCAAAUGGACCAGCCUACAGCCGUGCUGAAGGCCAUACAAUUUGAUCUCAUGACCAGUGCAGAUAUGGAAAUAUCAAGCAGCGCGACCGUCAUAAAAGGAUCUGAUGUGACUAGUGCCAAGUUGGGAUUGCCAGCUAAGGCAACACAGUGUGAGACUUGUGGAUCGGAAAGCUCACGUGAUUGCGAUGGUCAUUCUGGUGUUAUUAAGCUGCCGGCAACUGUGUUCAGCCCGUAUUUUAUCAAGGAAGUUGUUCAGUUACUGAAUCAGAUAUGUCCUGGCUGUUGCGCUCCAAGGAAAAACAGAGAUUCAAAGAACUCAGAUGGGGGAACAAGUCAGUCAACUUGCAAGUAUUGCUCAAAGGAUGGUGCUAAACUUUACCCGAGUGUAAUCUUUAAGGCGCUGAAAAGUCCAAGAGUAACGCUGUCCAGGAAAAAAAUUAAACGUGACCCUACUGUUAUAGACACAAUUUCGAUUACCGCAGAAGUUGCCUACAGAGUGAAAAAUACGUUGACGAAUGAAGGUCCACAUCAAGCUCUUCCCCAGGAUUAUUGGGGUUUUAUACCUCAUGACCAUGACCAGCUCCCUCAACCAAAUGUGACCAAGAUAUUAUUAUCUCCUCAUCAAGUAUGUCACAUGCUGAAACAACUUGAUCCUGAGAUUAUUAAUAACAACUUUCCUUCAAGUCAUCAUCUCCUGUUCCUGUCAAGUUUGCGGGUGACUCCUAACUGUCAUCGUGUGGCCGAGAUGCCCUACAGGUUCUCAGAUGGCUCUCGCUUAGCUUAUGAUGACCUGACAAAAGCUUAUAAGAGGACUGUUGAUGUCGGUAGGAAAGUUGAUGACUUCCAUCAGUAUCCAAAGAUCAGUUUCCUUUCACUUGUCACAAGCCAAGUUAUGGAGUGCCUGAAAUCAUCUAAGUUACACUCUAAAAAGACAGAUAAUGAAUCAUCAAUAGCCAUGUAUGGAAUGAAAUGGAUGAAGGAUGCCGUUCUCAGCAAACGUAUGGGGCUGAGGCUCUUCAGUUCCUGUCAUCUGCUCAGGAUAUACUAUGUGAAUUCUUAA